ACUCCAAACACCCCUUUAAAUUAAUUAAUCUUUAUUAAUAAUCUUGAAAACUUCCCCCUUGAGCUCAACCUGCUUCUCUUCUGCCCUCUCUUCUCUCUAUAGAUUGAACCCAUGGUGAAUGAUCGGCGACAAUAAUUUCUGUCCCCUCAUGAUAAAUUUCGAGAUAUCAUAACAUUCCCCUUCUUUGUCUGCACAAGACUUUCGGAAGAUGAUCUUUUCCAGGAUCAGCCGCUCCCUUUCGCGCUCUGCUCGUUCUAAUAAUUUGCUGCAUGGCGAUGGGACCCGAACCGUCCCAAACCGCCUCUUAGCGCCCAGAACGCAAGCUCAUUACUGUGGAGCAGAAGGGGGAUUGGGGAUUUUGAGGGGUUAUUCAGCUUUGGUUGGAGCUCGCAAAUCCUUCCUUUCCAGUUGGUCUGUUGUUAGAUAUCUUUCAGCUAACCCUACACUUUACCGGCUGUACUCUAGUGAAGGCCCAGAGAAAAAGAAUUAUGAGAACUUCUACCCGAAAGAUAAGAAGGAAAGUCCAAAGGGAAGUGAGCAAAAAUCUGAGUCUAAAGAUGAAUCAAACACGAACACAGAUGAUCAUGGAAAUUUUAAUGAAACUUUCAUUAAGCAAUUUCAGAGUCUAUUGACACCUUUACUGGUGAUUGGGCUAUUUCUUUCAUCAUUUUCUCUUGGUCCCCAUGAACAGCAAGAGAUAAGCUUUCAAGAGUUUAAGAACAAGCUUUUGGAGCCAGGAUUGGUAGAUCAUAUUGUAGUUUCAAAUAAAUCUGUUGCUAAAAUAUAUGUAAGGAAUUCUGCUGGCAAUCAAACAGACAGUGAUCUCGUACGAGGGCCUGCCCCUGCUACUGUUGGGGGAACUAGCAGCCAUUACAAGUACUACUUCAAUAUUGGAAGUGUUGAGUCUUUUGAGGAGAAGCUAGAGGAAGCACAGGAAGCACUAGGCAUUGACCCUCAUAAUUAUGUGCCUGUCACAUAUGUCUCUGAAAUGGUUUGGCACCAUGAAUUAAUGAGGUUUGCUCCCACCAUCUUGCUUUUGGGAUCUCUCCUUUAUAUGGGAAGGAGAAUGCAAGGUGGACUUGGUGUUGGUGGUAAUGGCAAUAAGGGUGCCCGUGGAAUAUUCAACAUUGGAAAAGCCCAUGUUACUAAAUUUGAUAAAAACUCCAAGAACAAGGUCUAUUUUAAAGAUGUUGCUGGAUGUGAUGAGGCUAAGCAAGAAAUUAUGGAGUUUGUUCAUUUUCUCAAGAGUCCGAAAAAAUAUGAAGAAUUGGGAGCGAAAAUUCCAAAAGGUGCACUUCUAGUUGGCCCUCCUGGCACAGGGAAAACACUUCUAGCAAAAGCCACUGCUGGGGAAUCUGGUGUGCCAUUUCUCUCUAUUUCUGGUUCUGAUUUCAUGGAGAUGUUUGUUGGGGUUGGACCAUCUAGGGUGAGAAACUUGUUUCAAGAAGCAAGGCAGUGUGCACCCAGUAUAAUAUUUAUUGAUGAGAUUGAUGCUAUUGGUCGAGCAAGGGGCCGUGGAGGUUUCUCUGGUGCCAAUGAUGAGCGUGAAAGUACAUUAAAUCAAUUGUUGGUUGAAAUGGAUGGUUUUGGAACCACUUCUGGGGUGGUUGUGCUUGCUGGCACAAAUAGACCUGAUAUUUUAGACAAAGCCCUGCUUAGGCCAGGGCGAUUUGACCGCCAGAUUACUAUUGAUAAACCUGAUAUUAAAGGCCGCAAUCAAAUAUUCCAGAUCUAUCUGAAAAAGAUCAAACUUGAUCAAGCACCUUCAUAUUAUUCGGAGAGGCUUGCAGCACUUACUCCUGGAUUUGCUGGAGCAGACAUUGCUAAUGUAUGCAAUGAAGCUGCUCUGAUUGCUGCCAGAAAUGAUGUAACGGAAGUCACAAUGAAACACUUUGAGGCAGCUAUUGAUCGGAUCAUCGGUGGGUUGGAGAAGAAGAACAAGGUAAUAAGCAAGCUUGAAAGGCGUACUGUUGCAUACCAUGAAUCAGGCCAUGCCGUUGCUGGCUGGUUCUUGGAACAUGCAGAGCCGCUAUUAAAAGUAACUAUAGUUCCUCGUGGCACAGCUGCUCUUGGGUUUGCCCAGUAUGUUCCGAAUGAGAACCUUCUGAUGACAAAGGAGCAGCUUUUUGAUAUGACUUGCAUGACCCUUGGUGGUAGGGCAGCCGAGCAGGUUCUCAUAGGGAAAAUCUCAACAGGAGCACAAAAUGACUUGGAGAAAGUGACUAAGGUGACAUAUGCACAAGUAGCAGUUUAUGGUUUUAGUGACAAAGUGGGCCUGCUUUCUUUCCCUCCCACAGAAGACUCAUUCGGGAUGUCGAAACCAUACAGCAGCAAGACUGCUGCAAUGAUCGACUCAGAAGUGCGAGAAUGGAUAGGUAAAGCAUACAAACGAACUGUGCAGCUGAUUGAGGAACACAAGGAGCACGUGGCUCAAAUUGCUGAGUUAUUGCUGGAGAAAGAAGUACUGCACCAGGAUGAUUUGGUUCGAGUACUGGGUGAGCGGCCAUUCCAGACGGGUGAAGUCACCAAUUAUGAUCGAUUCAAGCAAGGUUUUGAGCAGGAAGUGGAAAAGAUUGUGCAAGAGAGCUCAAGCCCGGUGAGUAAUAAUGGGCCAGAAGACGAGGAGGGGUCUUCGUUACAGCCUCAGGUUGUUCCUUCAUGACCAAGGGGUCUAUUGAUGUGAAAUGUACAUGAAUGACUGUUUUGUUGGAAUUACUAUUAUUUGACUGACUUUACUUUUGGGGAAAGUUGUAUAAUGCCGGCUCAAAUAAAUUUUCAUUGGAUACGAAUUUUGCCUCAAGCCAUCUCUGGCUUGGCUUUUGCUGUUUCCUGCAGUGUACAAAGAUGGCAAUGGAUUUGAUGCAUAGCAAGUAGCGUAGUAAGCUUAAAGCCGUGUUUUUUCAUUUCA